AUGAAUAACAGAAGAACAGUGAUUGACCAUCAUUUUAAAACCUGCAAACCACCCCCACAAAGAACCACCCCCAUGAAGAACCACCCCACAAAGAACCACCUCACAAAGAACCACCCCACAAAGAACCACCCCACAAAGGAACCACCCCACAAAGAACCAUACUCACAAAGAACCACCCCCACAAAGAACCACCUCACAAAGAACCACCUCACAAAGAACCAUCCUCACAAAGAACCACCUCACAAAGAACCACCCCCACAAAGAACCACCUCACAAAGAACCAUCCUCUCAAAGAACCACCUCACAAAGAAUGACCCCACAAAGAACCAUCCCACAAAGAACCACCCCACAAAGAACUACCCCCACAAAGAACCACCCCACAUAGAACCACCCCACAACGAACCACCUCACAAAGAACCACCCCACAAAGAACCACCCCACAAAGAACCACCUCACAAAGAAUGA